UUGGACAGACGUUUGCUGCGAAUGGCGGAGACGCUGAGGCGGGUGCUAAACUCUGGCGGCGCUGCCGGCCCCGCAGAGGAGAGCACGGCUGAGGCCGGACCGCCUUUGCUGCUGCUUGGCGGUCCAGGCUCUGGAAAGACAGCACUGCUAUUCGCGGCGGCCCUGGAGACGGCAGGAGAGGGCCAAGGCCCCGUCCUCUUCCUCACCCGGAGGCCUCUGCAAAGCUUGCCCCGCGGGACCCGAGCAGCGCUGGAACCCCUGCGGUUACAGAAAAUCCGCUUCCAGUAUCCACCCUCAACCCUUGAGCUCCUCCGGCUCCUGUGCUCUGCGCAUGAGGCCAGGGGGGCAGCGCCCUCCCUCCUGCUGGUCGAUGGCCUGGAGGAGUACCUAACAGAAGACCCUGGGCCCCAGGAAGCCGCCUACCUGGCCGCCCUGCUUGUGGACACAGCUGCCCACUUCAGCCACCGGGGUGGGCCUGGCCAGGGCUGUGGGCUCAUUGUGGCUCUCCAGACCCAGGAGGAAGGAGACAGUGGGGAUGCCCAGCCACUGGCGCUGCUCCAGAGGUAUUUCCCUGCCCAAUGCUGGCUGCAGCCCAAUGCAUCAGGCCCAGAACAGCACUGCCUCCGAGCCUGCCUGGAGCCAGGCGGGCUGGAACCCAGGGCAGAGUGGUGGGUGACUUUCCAACCGGAUGGAGAGAUGACGGUCACACAGUGGCCCACCCAGGCUGGUGACACUGGCUCACACAAGGGUUCAAGCUCUGAAGGGCAGUCUUGAGCUUUGGUGUGUGACAACCUCUCUAUGCCUAAGUUUCCCAUGGCUGGAAUACCUACCUCAGAGACAUGCAGAUUCAAAGACUUAAAGAUUGUAAAGUGCUUUUUCUCUCAUAAACAUAGCAUUUUCAUGUACAUAUUGUGCCCAGUCAACAAAUUGUUUAAUUUUGCUGUUUUGAACUUUAAAAAGUUUCAUGAUAAA